CAAUGUUGCAUCACAUGAAAGCUGCAAACUCAAUGGCGAUGCUUACAAGUUCGAAGCUUUCUGCACUGAGACCAUUAAGAAGUGUCUUAACUGUUUACGGGGAGGAUUCACUGGAGACAAAGAGGACAGUGAGACAGAUCCCUGAUCAACUUGUUUUCUCAUGCAUAGAUCACAUAUGCCUGAGCUUCCACAACACAGUAGAAUCAUUAGCUCCAGUACCCAGCGCUUCUGAAGAUAUCUUUCACUUCCUUGCGGCUCAAGCAGAAUCGCUUCUCUAUUUUAUGAUGUAUGCACAUAAAAGCCUGCCUUUAUCUGUUUGCAUUCUCGUACUAAAAACAUCAGGUUCUGGCUUAAAGCGUUGAGUGAUUCAGAGCAUUAGUUACCAGGCCAUCAGUUAUGGGGGUUGAUACUUGAUACUGUAGUCAAGCUCUUACUUAUGUUGCUUCUCUCAGCGGUGGAGUUUAGUUGUCAUAAGUUGCAUUUGGUUGGGGCAAGAGAUAUAGUUUCUGUCGAAGACAUGGCUAAAAUAUCUAAUGUGAGUCUUGGUCUACUACCAGUUCUCUGUAACUGUAUUGCUACUGCUGAGCACGGAACCCUCUCCCUAACUACUGUGGACUUGAUACUUAGAAAUUUCUUGACUCCCAACACUUGGUUCCCCAUUAUACAGAACCACCUCCAGCUUCAGCAUGUGAUUCUGAAGCUUCAAAAUAAAAAUUCUCUUGAAUCUGUGCCUGUUAUAAUGAAGUUCUUUAUGACUCUUGCCCGUGUUAGGCAGGGUGCAGAAAUGCUUAUUAAUUAUGGCUUUCUCUCGUCUCUGAGAUUCUUGUUCGCUGAAUACUUGGAUGGUACAUCUUCUUCCGAAGCUAUUGAUAACAGAAAUUCCAACUCAUCAUCUGAGAAACUGGAAAAGCCUAAGCAGAUUGGGGACUUGGUUUGGCAGUCAUCACAGCUAUGGUUGAGUCAUUGGGAGACAGUUCUGAUUGUUCCAAUCUUGUGGAGAAUGUAAUACCUUACUUCUUUUCAGAGAAGGACUAUAUGAUUUCUUACUAUCUGAGUGCUCCGGAUUUCCCAUCUGAUGAUCAUGACAAGAAAAGACCUUGGGCUUAGCAGAGACAAACUUCUCUUACUGAUCUUAAAGAAACUGAGCACACUCUCAUGCUAAUGUGUGCUAGCAAAACAUUGGAAUUCCUGGGUUAAGUCCAUGAAAGAAUUGGAUUCCCAGUUGAGAGAGAAAAGUAUCCAUCUUUUAGCCUUUAUCAGUCGGGGAACUCAACGGCUUGGAGAACCUUCUAGUCUUAGUGCCCCUCUGUUAUGUCCUUCUGUCCUUAAAGAGGAAUUUGAUGGCUGGAAGAAACCCUAUCAACAGUAAAAGCGGAUGGUUUGCUCUUUCAGCCCUCAGUUGUGUUUCAAAACCAAAAUUCUCCACCAUCCCUACCACAUCUACUGCGCUGGUUAUUAAAACUCAAGCAACUGUAAAUGGCAGUCACAUUUCUCAGUCAUAUUUCUCCGACUCUAUUGCCCUACAGACCUACAGAAUAACUUUUCUCCUUUUGAAGUUCCUGAGCUUACAAGCUGAGGGUGCUGCUAGAAGGGAAGAAGAGGCUGGUUUUGUAGAUCUUGACCAUUUUCCUGAGCUUCCAAUGCCUGAGAUCUUACAUGGCUUACAGGACCAAGCAAUUACAAUUGUUACAGAGCUGUGUGUGGUUAACAGAUCAAACGAGAUUCAAAUUGAAGUCCAGAGUAUCUGUUGCUUACUGCUACAAAUAAUGGAGAUGGCCCUGCACUCGGAACUCUGUGUUCUGCAGAUAUGUGGCAUAAGACCAGUAAUAGGUCGUGUGGAGGAUUUUUCAAAGGAAGUUAAACAUUUAGUAAAAGCGACGGAGAGACAUGCUUUCCUCAAACCAUCUGCGAAGUCCUUGAAACAGAUUAUAUCGGUCAUUUAUCCCGGAUUAUUACAGGCUGACGAGUUUCUGUGAGAUAGUCUUGUGCAUAUAGGCGAAAACCGAAAACUGUAAGGCUUUGCAAUGUAAUGUAAAAACUCUGCAUCACUUGAAAGGAAGGCUCAGAUGAAUGGCUUUAGAAAUAUUCCACAUUUUGGUUAUAAAAUUGUGGGGUUUCUUUGAGGCUUUUGAGAAAGAUGUGUUGUAUGAUUGAUGGGCAAGAUUUUGUUGAAUCCGUGGCCACUUUUCAUUGUCGCAUGCGAAUUUCCUGUCCUUCCCUUUUCCAAAAUUGAUUCAGUCAAGUGUUGCGUUUUCAUU